GCAGGAACUGCCUAUGACAUAUUAUUCAUACUUCUGAUUCCAAGAUGAAAGCAGCUUGUAUAAUUGGACUAGUAGCUCUCCUAUCCACAGUGAGUGCUGUGCCCGUCGACGAUCGCGUUAACGGCGAAAACGGCUGGUACGUACCCCAGUUGGAUGGCUCCUUUGAGUGGAUUGACUUGGAGGAUGCUGAAGAUCUAUUGGCAAAGGGCGAGGCGAUGGAGGGUCGCAUCAGCACCAAUGCUGUCUCCUUCUAUCUAUACACCCAUUCGAAUCCAACCAAUGGUGAAGAAAUAACGACCAAGAGCUCAUCCAUUGCCAGCUCACAUUUUAACAAGGAUCAUCCCACACGCAUUGUCAUACACGGCUGGACCCAGAGCUACAAGGACUCCAUGAACACAGAAAUCACCAAGGCGUGGCUGUCCCGCGGUGACUACAAUGUCAUCAUUGUCGACUGGUCCCGUGCUCGCUCCGUGGACUACGCCUCCUCCGUGGUGGCGGUUCCCGGUGCUGGUACCAAGGUUGGAAACCUGAUCAAGUUUUUGAAUGAAAACCACGAUCUGUCCCUAGACAGCCUUUACGUGAUUGGUCACAGCCUGGGUGCCCAUGUUGCUGGAUAUGCCGGCAAGACCGUUGGCGAGGGUCGCAUUCAUACCAUUAUUGGCCUAGACCCUGCUCUGCCCUUGUUCAGUUACAACAAGCCCAACAAGCGUCUCUCCUCCGACGAUGCCUACUACGUCGAGUCCAUUCAGACCAACGGCGGCAAGUUGGGCUUCCUCAAGCCCAUUGGCAAGGGCGCCUUCUAUCCAAACGGUGGCAAGAAGCAACCCGGUUGCGGUGUAGACGUCACCGGCUCCUGCUCCCACGGCCGCUCCGUGACCUACUAUGCUGAGGCCGUCACUCAGGAUAACUUUGGCUCCAUCAAGUGUGGUGACUACGAGGCAGCCGUCGAUAAGAAGUGCGGCAGUACCUACAGCAGCGUUCGCAUGGGUGCUGAUAGCAAUGCCUACAUGGUAUCGGGUGACUUCUAUGUUCCCGUCAACAGCAAUGCUCCCUUCGGCAACGUCCUCAGCGCCCUGCCCAUUCAGGAGCGUAUUCAUGGCGAGAAUGGUUGGUAUGUACCACAAAUCGAUGGUACCUUCGAGUGGAUGGAUCUGGACGAGGCCGAGCACCUGUUGGCUGACGCAGAGCAGAUGGAGGAGCGUGUAAACACAAAUGCUGUGUCCUUCUACCUUUACACCAGAUCGAACCCCCACGAGGGCCAACACAUUACCGACAAGGAAGCAUCCAUUCGCGACUCGCAUUUUAACAAGGAUCAUGCCACACGCUUUGUUAUCCACGGCUGGACUGGUCGUCAAUCGGACCACAUGAACAAAGAAAUUACCAAGGCCUGGCUAUCCCGAGGUGAUUACAACAUUAUUAUUGUUGACUGGGCCCGUGCUCGCUCCGUUGACUACGCCUCCUCGGUCGUUGCUGUACCCGGCGCCGGCACCAAAGUGGGUCAAAUGAUCAACUACCUGCACGAGCACCAUGGCAUGUCUCUGGAGCGCCUGAUGGUAAUUGGCCACAGCUUGGGUGCCCAUGUUUCUGGAUAUGCCGGCAAGACCGUUGGCGAGGGUCGCAUUCACACUAUUAUUGGCCUAGACCCUGCUCUGCCGCUGUUUAGCUACAACAAGCCCAACAAACGCCUCAACUCAGAGGAUGCCUUCUACGUCGAGUCCAUUCAGACCAACGGCGGCAAGUUGGGCUUCCUCAAGCCCAUUGGCAAGGGCGCCUUCUACCCCAACGGUGGCAAGAAGCAACCCGGUUGUGGUGUAGACGCCACUGGAUCCUGCUCCCACGGCCGCUCCGUGACCUACUAUGCUGAGGCCGUCACUCAGGAUAACUUUGGCUCCAUCAAGUGCGGUGACUACGAGGCAGCGGUCAGAAAGGAGUGCGCCAGCACCUACAGUAGCAUUCGCAUGGGCGCCGAUUACAAUGCCUACAUGUCGGGCGAUUGUCUUCUGCGUAGCAUGAUGAAACUGCUUUUGGCUCUCGCAUUCUGCGUUGUUGCGGCCAGCGCCGUUGAGCACAAGAUUAAUGGUGAGAACGGCUGGUAUGUGCCCCAAGCCGAUGGCACCUUCGAGUGGGUGGACAAGGAUAAGGCCGAAGCCUAUCUGGAAGCCCAUGCUGAGCGUGAGCGCUCCUUGCUGAACCCCGUCACCUUCUACCUGUACACCAAGUCCAACCAGAACUCGGGCCAGGAAAUCAAGGCCAACAAGGCAAGCAUCUCCGCCUCGAACUUCAAUCCCAACAACCCUACCCGUUUCACCAUCCACGGUUGGUCCUCCAGCGCCGAUGAAUAUAUCAACUACGGUGUGCGCAACGCCUGGUUCACCCACGGCGACAUGAACAUGAUUACCGUUGACUGGGGCCGUGCCCGUUCCGUUGACUACGCCUCCUCCGUCUUGGCUGUGCCCGGUGUCGGUGAGCAGGUUGCCGACCUGAUCAACUUCUUGCGCACCAACUUCGGUCUGUCCCUGGACAACACCAUGAUCAUUGGCCACAGCCUGGGCGCUCAUGUGUCCGGAUUCGCUGGCAAGAACGUCAAGAACGGUCAGGUGCACACCAUCAUUGGUCUGGACCCUGCCUUGCCCCUGUACAGUUACGACUCGCCCAACAAUCGCCUCAACUCCAACGAUGCUUACUAUGUGGAGUCCAUUCAGACCAACGGCGGCAUGCUCGGCUUUCUCAAGCCCAUUGGCAAGGGCGCUUUCUACCCCAACGGUGGCAAGUCCCAGCCUGGAUGCGGUGUCGAUUUGACCGGUUCCUGCUCCCACAGCCGCUCCGUAAUCUACUACGCAGAGUCCGUCACCCAGGACAACUUCCCCACAAUGAAGUGCGGUGACUACCAGGAGGCCGUCUCCAAGAGCUGCGGCAGCACCUACAGCACCGUCAAAAUGGGAGCCGUCACUAAUGCCUACAUGGUUGCCGGCGACUACUACGUGCCCGUCCGCAGCGAGUAUCCUUAUGGAUAUGGCAACUAGACUAGCUUAUGUUUCUUUGACAAUAAAACUGUAUAGCGAAAACUCGA